UAUUCACUGUAUAUAUAGAGCAUUGUAAGAAACACAGAUACAUCAUCUUCUUCUUCUUCUUCUUCUGUGUAUCAAAUGGAAAUGGCCCUUUUAGGGGUUUUCCUGUUCCUCUCCAUCUCCCUGUCAUUUGCUACUUCUGAAAUCGAUGAUGCUCAGACAUUCAUUGUCAGAGUACAAAACGACCUCAAACCUUCUGCUUUCUCCGACGUGGAGAAAUGGUACAGAGCCACUCUUUCAUCCACGGCCUCUGCUACUACUACUGCUACUUCGUCGGAAUAUUCUCAAGAAUCAGACGAUUUUCUUCACGUUUACAGAACGGUCUUCCAUGGCUUCUCUGCUAAAUUAUCCUCCCAGCAAGCCAAGCUUCUUCAGCAACGGCCGGAGGUUCUCGCCGUCUUGCCUGAUCGUCUCCGGCAACUGCACAUCACUCGCUCCCCCUACUUCCUUGGGUUAUCUGCUAACAACCCCACCGGAUUGCUGUCGGAGUCUGACUCCGGUUCCAAUGUCGUCAUCGGAAUAUUCGACACCGGAAUCUGGCCGGAGCGGCGCAGCUUCAAUGACCAAGGACUUGGCCCGAUUCCGGCCAAUUGGAAAGGGGAGUGUGUGGAAGGACAGAACUUCACCAAAGCGCACUGUAAUCGGAAGAUCAUCGGAGCCAGAUACUUCGCCGGCGGUUAUGAAGCGCGGCGGGGGAGGAUUAACUCGUCGGAGGAGUUUAAAUCGGCUAGGGAUUCGGAAGGCCAUGGAACGCACACGGCGUCUACGGCCGCCGGCAGGGCGGUGGCGAACGCUUCCCUCUUCGGCUACGCCGGCGGCGUCGCCGUCGGAGUUGCGCCGAAGGCGAGAAUAGCUGUGUAUAAAGUUUGCUGGAAGCAUGGCUGUAUGGAUUCCGAUAUUCUCGCCGCCUUCGAUGCGGCGGCGGAGGACGGCGUGAAUAUAAUCUCAAUUUCCGUCGGCGGCGGCGCCGAGCCUUACGUUGCAGACCCGAUGGCGAUCGGAGCAUUUGGCGCGAUGGAGAAGGGGAUUCUGAUAGCUGCUUCUGCCGGAAACGAAGGUCCUACUAAAAUGACGGUCACCAACGCCGCGCCGUGGAUGACGACCGUCGGCGCUAGCACGAUCGACCGGCGGUUUCCGGCGGACCUCACGCUCGGAGACGGCCGGGUUAUCAGAGGCGCGUCGCUGUACAGCGGGGAGGCUCCGCCGGAGAAGACGUUCAUACCGUUGAUCUACGGCGGCAACGCCUCCGCCUCCGCCUCCGCCGGAAGUUACUCCGCCGCCUUAUGCACCGCCGCCUCGUUGGACGAGAAUUUGGUGCGCGGGAAAAUCGUUGUUUGCGAACGCGGCGGCAACGCGCGUGUCGCGAAAGGUGAGGUUGUGAAAAUCGCCGGCGGCGUCGGAGUGGUGGUUGCGAACGUACCGCCGACCGGCGAAGGCCUGGUCGCCGACGCUCAUUUAAUCCCCGGCCUCGCCGUCACGGAAUCCGCCGGCCGUACGAUCCGCGACUACAUAAAUUCCGAUCCAAAUCCGACGGCUACGAUGUCGUUUCGCGGCACGGAGUUGGGGGUGAAGCCGGCGCCGGUGGUGGCGUCGUUCUCGGCGAGAGGUCCCAGCCUGGAGUCGCCGUACAUACUCAAGCCUGACGUCAUCGCGCCAGGUGUCAACAUCUUAGCCGCUUGGCCGGAUGACGUGUCGCCGACGGAGCUCCCAACCGACACGCGCCGCACGGAAUUCAACGUGGCGUCAGGCACGUCAAUGUCCUGCCCCCACGUGUCCGGCAUCGCCGCCCUGCUAAAAGGCGCCCACCCCGACUGGUCGCCGGCGAUGAUCCGCUCCGCCCUGAUGACCACCGCCUACCGCCGCGACGCCCAACGGAAUCCGCUACUCGACGAGAAAUCCUACAACGCCUCCACGAUUUGGGACUUGGGCGCCGGCCACGUGAAUCCAGAAACCGCCGUCGAUCCAGGACUGGUCUACGACAUAACCGCCGACGACUAUCUCAAUUUCCUCUGCGCAUCGAAUUUCACCGGUCGAGAUAUCCGGCGAAUAGCGAGACGCCCGUUCAGUUGCAGCAGGAAGCACCGGCAGCCAUGGCAGUUGAACUAUCCGGCGAUCGCCGUCGAAUUCGAGGCGUCGGAGACGAUGGAGGGGGAAGUUAACGUUACCAGAACGGUGACGCACGUAAGCGAGACAGCACAGUCAAGCUACGAAGCGACUGUGACGAAUCCAGUAGGAGCUACUGUGACGGUAGAGCCUGCAAAACUGGAUUUCAAAUCCAAGGGUGAGAAGCAAAGCUAUACAGUAAAAAUAAAAGCAGGGAAGCUGAAAGUGCGGCCGUAUCCCGGCACCGCCGUGACGGAGACGGGGACGAUCACGUGGUCCGACGGGCGGCGGCACGUGGUGGUGUCUCCGGUGGUAGUGAUGUGGAAGCAGGGAUUCUAUACCUGAUGAAAUUGUGCAUAUAGAAGAAAGUUUUAAAGUUGAGUCAGUCUUACAUGUGGUUAUAACAUAAAAUGAAGAAUCCAUGGCAGGGGACUACACUGAUGCUUAUAUUGUAUGUCGUUGCUAACAUAAAGAUGAAGAAUCCAUGGCAUGGAAUUUCAUUUUUGCUAA